AUGGCCAAACUACAUCUUCCGGAACAUUUAAUCUAUGACAUAUUGUCCAGAUUACCUACAAAGUCUAUAAUUCGAUUUAUGUGUGUGAGCCAAACAUGGAACUCUUUGAUACAAGAUCCUUAUUUUACUCGGCUCCGCCGCCAAAACUUAGACAACCUCCUAUUCCUUGUUGUUUGUCAUAAAUUUGACUGGUCUGAGCGAAUAAAUAAGUUUCAACCCGGUAUCUUUGUAGGUAAUAUACCAACUCAUGAAGACCAAGGGUCACUUGAACUAAACAAUUCUACACACAUUCUCACUAUGCCCAAAAUUCCCAGCUUUGAUGUCCAUUAUGUGAAUGGUUUGAUUUGUUCAUAUUCUAGAUUGUACUUGUACGAUCCUGACAAUGUCAUACAUAUACACAUAUGUAACCCAACAACUCGACAAGUUGUCGCCCUUCCCCGCGACAACAAUUUAGAUUUUUAUCCAAAGUUUCUUCUCCGCACAAAUUUUGGAUACGACCCUUUGGGAGAUAAUUAUAAGGUUCUUAAUGUCAUUUUCACCGAGACUGAUUUAUUUCAAAAAUUGAGGAUUUUAACAGUUGGUGAUAAUGUAUGGAGGAAUGUUGGUCAUGCCAUACCCUUUGAUUUAAUGUCAAAUAUAGUAAAACGUAUUGGUACUUGUGUCAAUGGUGCUAUACAUUGGUUAGAUUUUAGCCGAAAUGUCAUAUUGGUGUUUGAUUUGGGGAUUGAGCAAUUUAGAGAAAUUCCUAUCUUUGAAUUUCAUAUGAUACCUUCAACCCGCAUUAUUUUGUUUAGUGGACAUUUAUGCUUAGUAAAUCAUUAUUUAAGUGGUGAGGUACAUAUGUCAAUUUUAAAGGACUAUGAAAAUCAUGUGUGGAUUAAGCAUGAAAGGAUCAUUAUUAGUAAAGAAGAUUCAUUUUGGAUAUAUCGAAGACUACUUCCUUUGUGCAAAACAGACACACAAGAGAUCAUAUUGUUGUCGAGAAAUAUGCCUAGCAAACAAUUACAAGUUUGUUAUUAUGAUACAAAGACAAGAAGCGCUAGGAGAAUUUUUGCAGUCAAAGGAAGUUCUUCGUGUCCUUCUGACGAAUUUUAUUAUUGGAGUAUACAUAAUUCAAAAUCGUUGUUUGUAUAUAAAGAAAACUUCAAACAGUUAUAA